AUGGCCAGUUUUGGCGUCGACACCCGCCCGGCCGCCGCGGCCUCCGGUGGCGGCGGCGGCGGCAGCGGUGGCGGCGUUGCGGGGACGACAGGCGAAGGCGCGCUCUCGUUCCUCUCCCGCGGGCUGCGGGAGGACCUCCGCCUCAUCCGGGCGCGGGCCGGGGAGCUCGAGACGUUCCUGAGCGCGCCGGUGCCGGAGCCCGAGCUGUUCACGCGCCUCCGCCGCGCCUACUCCUCCUCGGCGUCCUCGGCGCGGACGCGGCUCGACCUGUCCGCGUUCGGGAAGGCGUUCGAGGCCGACGCGUGGAGGGGCGCCAGGGCCACCAGGUGGAGGUGGGAGGAGGAGGCCGAGGAGUGGGAGCCCGUCAGGAUGGUCAAGGCCCGCCUCAGGGAGCUCGAGCGGAGGAGGCAGGCCCAGUCGCCCAGCGACAUGCUGCACAAGCUCAAGCUCAGCUUGAAAUCAAUGACCUUUGCGCCUGAAGCGUCUGAGGAUGUUCCACCACUGGACUUAGGAGAACUUCUUGCUUAUUUUGUAAAGCAAUCUGUACCACUAUUCGACCAACUUGGUAUAAAAAGAGAUGUAUGUGACAAGUUGGUGGAGUCUCUAUGCAGCAAGCGCAAGGACCACCCUGCAUAUGGGUUUUUGUCAGCAAGUGAACCAUCUUCAUUGAGAAAUGAAAAUGUUGGGGAUGAACUCGACCUAAGAAUAGCUAGUGUCCUACAGAGUACAGGACACCAUUAUGAAGGUGGAUUUUGGAGUGAUGGGCAUAAGUCAGACAUAUCUGGCAAGAGACAUGUUGCCAUAGUCACCACUGCCAGUCUUCCCUGGAUGACUGGAACAGCUGUGAAUCCUUUGUUUCGAGCUGCAUACUUGGCUAAAUCUUCCAAGCAAGAUGUAACUUUGGUAGUGCCCUGGCUUUGUAAGUCGGAUCAAGAACUUGUGUACCCCAAUAGCAUGACUUUUAAUUCACCUCAAGAGCAAGAAACUUAUAUGAGGAAUUGGCUGGAGGAAAGAGUUGGUUUCAAGACAGACUUCAAAAUAUCAUUUUAUCCUGGAAAGUUUCAGAAGGAAAGGAGAAGCAUAAUUCCUGCUGGGGACACCUCACAGUUUAUACCAUCAAAGGAAGCUGAUAUUGCAAUCUUGGAAGAGCCCGAGCACCUCAACUGGUAUCAUCAUGGGAAACGUUGGACAGACAAAUUCAAUCAUGUCGUCGGUGUAGUGCAUACAAAUUAUUUGGAGUACAUCAAGAGGGAGAAGAAUGGUGCUAUCCAGGCCUUUUUCGUUAAGCACAUUAAUAACAUGGUCGCCAGAGCUUAUUGCCAUAAGAUCUUGCGGUUGUCAGGUGCUACUCAAGAUCUGCCCAAGUCAAUGAUCUGCAAUGUGCAUGGUGUCAACCCCAAGUUUCUGGAGGUCGGAGAGAGAAUAGCAGCAGAGCAGGAGUCUGGCCAGCGAUCCUUCUCUAAAGGAGCUUAUUUUCUGGGGAAGAUGGUCUGGGCCAAGGGUUACAGAGAGUUGAUAGAUUUGUUCGCGAAGAACAAGAGUGACUUGGAAGGCUUCAAGCUGGACAUCUAUGGAAACGGUGAGGAUUCACACGAGGUGCAAUCGGCUGCCAGGAAGUUGAAUCUGAACCUCAACUUUCAUAAAGGCCGGGACCACGCGGAUGAUUCUCUUCAUGGGUACAAGGUUUUCAUAAACCCGAGCAUCAGCGACGUCCUCUGCACCGCGACCGCGGAGGCACUAGCAAUGGGCAAGUUCGUGGUGUGCGCCGACCACCCGUCCAACGACUUCUUCCGGUCAUUCCCCAACUGCCUGACCUACAAAACAUCCGAGGACUUCGUCGCCAGAGUGAAGGAGGCCAUGACCCGCGACCCGCAGCCCCUGACCGCUGAGCAGCGGUACAACCUGUCCUGGGAGGCCGCUACCCAACGGUUUAUGGAGCACUCCGAGCUCGACAAGGUCCUGAACAGCGACAGCAGCGAAUGUGCCGGCUCCGUCACCACCGAAUCCGGCAAGAGCAGUGCGAACACAAGGAUGAGGAGAUCCGCCUCGGCGCCCAACAUGUCGGACGUCGUGGACGGCGGCCUGGCGUUCGUGCAUUACUGCUUCACCGGCAGCGAGCUCCUGAGGCUGUCGACCGGCGCCGUCCCCGGAACCCGGAACUACAACAAGCAGCAUAGCUUGGACCUCCACCUCCCGCCGCCCCAGGUACAGAACCCGGUCUACGGCUGGUAA